AUAUACCAAGAACAGUCGCGCAUCGAGCGCCGAGGUACUGGCGCGUCAUACUCAUCAUUGUACACAAUGAUCGCGACACUGCUUGCCGUGCUCCUCGUCACCAUCCUGGGGUACAUCAUCAACACCGUCAGCAAACCGAGAAAAUAUCCACCAGGUCCUAAAUGGUAUCCGUUCGUAGGAUCGAGCGCGAUCGCCCGAAAAGUUGCGCUACAAUAUGGCUCCCAGUGGAAAGGAUUUUCCCAUUUGGCCAAAGAAUAUUCGACCGAAGUGCUCGGAUUAAAGCUGGGUUCAGAACUUGUUGUUGUCGUGUUUGGAGAGAAAAAUUUACGAAAAGUUUUCACUGAAAAGGAGUAUGAGGGCCGACCAGAUAGCUUUUUUAUACGGCAAAGAUGUUUGGGCAAAAGAUUGGGUAUUACCUUUGUCGAUGGCCCUUUGUGGAGAGAGCAUCGCCAGUUUACGGUGAAGAAUUUGAAAAAUGUCGGAUUCGGUAAAACUGCAAUGGAGACAGAGAUCCAGACUGAAUUGCAUAACAUUUUGGAGUACAUUGAGAAGAGUAAAACAAAAGCCAUCAAUCCGAAAGUGAUACUUGCGCAGUCUGUUAUGAAUAUUCUAUGGAAAUACACUGCAGGUGAAAGAAUUAAAGAAGAUCAAUUGCAAUACGUUAUAGAUUUAUUCAGUAAGAGAUCUAAGGCAUUUACAAUCGCGGGCGGCUGGUUGAACCAAUGGCCUUGGUUAAGAUUCAUUUUUCCCAAACUAAGUGGAUACACGAUCAUCAAAAACUUGAACCAGCAAAUAUCUGAUAUUAUUGACGAAACGGUUAACAAGCACAAAAACGGAUUAGUUCCGGGAAGCGAUUUUAUUUAUAGUUUUCUUGAAGAGAUGAAGGAAAAUAACGUGAGCUUUCACGAGGAACAAUUAAAGGCCAUUUGUCUCGACAUUUUGAUCGCGGGCGCGCAAACUACAAGCAAUGUGCUGGAAUUCGCAAUUCUCAGCCUUAUCAGACAUAAACAGAUACAAGAGAAAGUGUAUGACGAAAUACAUAGUGUUAUUGGGGAGGAUACGCCCUGUUGGAAUGAUAGUAACAGAUUACUAUACACAAUGGCGUUUUUACUGGAAGUCCAAAGGUUCUAUACUAUAGCGCCUUUAGCUGGUCCGAGACGUGUUCUCGAAGAAACAACUAUUGAAGAUUACGUAUUACCGAAGAAUACUACAGUAUUAUUGUCAAUUGGGGACGUUCAUUUUAGUCCUGAUUUAUGGGACGAACCUAAUAAAUUUAAUCCAGACAGGUUUUUGGAUUCUAGUGGGAAAUUGGUCAAUACUGAACACUUUUAUGGAUUUGGUUUGGGUCGAAGACGCUGUCCCGGCGAUUCCUUAGCGAAGUCAUUUAUUUUCAUAGUGUUAGUGGGUAUCGUGCAAAAAUAUAGAAUCGAGAGUGAAAAUGGCGUCCUACCUGCCGAAGAGCCAAUUAUUGGAUUAAUAUCUGGAGCGCGGCCGUUUUCCGCUGAAUUCAUUCCACGUUUCUGAAUAAUUUGAAUAAAAAUAGUAUAUAUUAGCGAAUUGAAUGAAUGAUCAGAAGUUGUGUAAUGAAUGCGUAAUCAAGUAAAUUAUUUUUUGGGAAAGUGCUCAUGUUCAUAGAUUUAAAUACCUACAGGGAUGUCUUGCUUCUUACUGUCUUAACAUUGAACGCAAUAAAAGGUAUUUUAUAAUAUUGGUUAUAACUUAUAACGAAACAGGUUUAUAAAUAAAAGCAAGUACCUAUUUAUUUUCUGAAGUACUUUUCAUGAAAUUUAAUACGAAAAAAUUGAAGGCGUAAAUGAAAAGAUUCCUGGAUAUUUUUAAUUAUGAUGGUUGAAUAAAAAUAUUUUUUUCACAGUCAUACAAUUUUUCGCACCAAAUAUAUUAUAAUAUAUUAUUAUAUUGUAACAUAAUUUUAUUUAAGUACACAAUGCACUGUAUUAUUAUUUCUGCCGUUUAGAAACAGUACCGUCAGUUUACAAAUGCUUGUUUUGUACUACGAAAGUGAGAAAUUAUUGUUUUGGAUAUUAUGUUAGUAUUAUUUAAAAUCUACACAGAAAUAUGGAGUUUAUUUUCUUUUGGAAAGAGUCUAUUAUUAUUAGCAUCUAUAGGCGAGAGUUUGUAAUUUGACGACGCCGUUUUAUAUAUUUGCCGAUAAAUUAUUGAAAUAAAUUUUAGUCUGGAAUAAA